AUGUCGGUGGUGGCGUGCGUGAAUGCCGGCGCCCCCUUCCUGCGGAGCCAGGCGGAGCAGCGCCGGCUGCCCUCUCUCAGCCCCCAGGCCCCCGAGGACGCCUGCCGCCUGCCCUCCCCCGCCUGCCUGCUCUCCUUCUCCUCCUCCUCUUCCUCCUCCUCCUCCGCCUCGUCCUCCUCGGCGGACUGCGAGAGGCCCGUCCCCAUGCAGGAGGCCCCGCGGGCCCCGCCCCAGACAGCCGUGCCCCCCCCGGAGGCCACGGACAGCUUCAGCGUGCUGGUGAACAGCGUGUUCCAGCAGGGCCUGCUGGAGGGGUGCGGCAGAGCGGGGGCCCUGAAGCAGGAGCCCCUGGACGAGCUCUCCCCGGGCGAGGAGGAGCUCUUCCGUCUCUCCCACUCCCACCGCCACCACCCGCUCCACCCCAGCCUGCCCCCGCCCUACCACCUGCACCAGUACAUCGGCCCCGGGCCUGGCACCCUGCUGCACCUCCAGGGGCAGCACCCGCCCUCCGCCGCCCUCCCCCACAAGCCCUCGGGCCUGGCCCCGGCCCCCGAGCGCGAGGAGCCCGGAGACCACCAGGCCUGCCGCUGGAUCGACUGCAGCGCCUCCUACGAGCAGCAGGAGGAGCUGGUGAGGCACAUCGAGAAGGUACACAUCGACCAGCGCAAGGGCGAGGACUUCACCUGCUUCUGGGCCGGAUGCGUCCGCCGCUACAAGCCCUUCAACGCCCGCUACAAGCUGCUCAUCCACAUGAGGGUUCACUCCGGAGAGAAGCCCAACAAAUGCAUGUUUGAGGGCUGCAACAAAGCCUUUUCCCGGCUGGAGAACCUUAAGAUCCACCUGCGGAGCCACACCGGGGAGAAGCCCUACCUCUGCCAGCACCCGGGCUGCCAGAAGGCCUUCAGCAACUCCAGCGACCGCGCCAAGCACCAGCGCACGCACCUGGACACGAAACCCUACGCAUGCCAGAUCCCCGGCUGCACCAAGCGCUACACCGACCCCAGCUCCCUACGCAAGCACGUCAAGGCGCAUUCCGCCAAGGAGCAGCAGGUUCACAAAAAGGUGCAGUCGUGUCCUCACCUGGAGCCGGACAUCCUGAGCGAGUGCCUGGCGAUGCAGCACCUCCACAGCUCCGGCCCCUCUCAGCACCUCCACAACGGGAAGGCCGGCAGGUCCCCCGGGCUGAGUCACGACAUCUUCACAGGGAUGUUCACUGGCUCCACCGGCCCCCAUAACAGAGCCACAUCUGGGCUGAUCUCCUCCACCCCGGACCUGUCCUCCAGGCCUCUGGGCAUUGAAGGGGGAGUCAGCAGCCCCCACAACCACCUCUCCCCGCCGUCAGCCAUGGACAACACCAGGGAGGGGAUGGCGACCCCUCUCCUGUCCUCCAGGAUCAGUCCCAGCGCCCCCGCCCCACCCUUGGACAAGCACAGCUCCCACCCCGACCAGCAGCAGAUCCCAAACCCGCACAAACCCUACACCCACUACCAGGACCCUCCCAUACAUGAAGCAGGUUACCAGGGUAGUUUCCAGAGCUGCUUCCAUUACAGGGAUAAUUACAGAAUGGAGCCGGUGGUCAGUGAUAUCCACAUCCCGGUGGACUCCCACUGCUUCAACCCCCACCGGCCCAACGGCUAUGCCCUCAGCAACUCCAGCAGUGCCACUGAGGGGUUCAGCUUGGUCCAGGACAUCCAGGCCGUGGGGGGGCAGGGGUUCUGUCCCAGCCCGGAGGAGAAUGUCUUCUUCCAGGUGGGAGGCUUCGACCGCUGCCUGAGUCAGAUCUCCUCGGUCUACACGGAGUCCUGAGGCCCCGGGUUCACUCCUACGACCCCCAACAGUGUUACCCCGUCACCCGUCCUCCGCAUCGCCUCCAAAGAAAGCCUGUCCGUGCCUUCCUACUCUUUUUAAAACUAAUACAUGUAUGUCAGCUGAGAAUAUAUCAAUUUGCUCUGUCUUUUUCUUAGUUAAGAGAGGUGUUGUCUCUCUCCCACAGGUGCUGUAGCAGUUUUUGUUUUUGUUUUUUUUUGCAUGCUGGGUUUGUUUUUUUUUGCACAGUUGAAGGAGGUGGUGGGGGGUCAAUGUCAGAUGAUAAUCCGUAAACAUUCCAAUCGGUUCAUACAACGUGUAUAAAAUGUACAGUUUGUUUAAAGCAGUUAUUCUGAAUUGUUCAUAUAUUUUCGUUUUUUAAAAAUAAUUAAUAAAUUACCAUUCCAUAAUGUAAUGUUUUUCUUCUCAUUCUUUUCCAAAAAUGGUAAGACAGAUCGUGACUCUUUCUCU